AUGGAUGAACUUAAUAUAAGAUUAAUUGAUUUAGUUGAAUCCGAGCCAUGUAUAUAUGAUAAAACAGAUGUUUUUUAUAGUAAUAAGGAUCAUGUUAAACAAGUAUGGGAAAAAAUAUCAAAUGCUAUGCAAUUAUCUGUUCCUGUUUGUCAAAAGAGAUGGAGAUAUUUACGUGAUUAUUUUGUUCGUCAAUUGCAUAUGUCAAAAACUGAUAAUAAAAAAUCAUAUUGGGCUCUUUUUGAGCGUAUGCUUUUUUUAGCACCGUUUUCAACACGUAAAGCACGUGUUAAUACAACAUCAAGUGAAUGUUGUACAACAACAUCAAUGAUACCUGGUCAUAAUAUUACAACAAAAAAGAGACGACAACGUUCAACAAGUGCAAUAAUUAAAAAAAAUUGGGAUAAUGAUCAAAAUAGUAAUAUAUUAUCAGUAUCAAGUAGUAGUUCAAAUGCUGGCCUAGAUGAAUUCAAUAGUUUUGAUUAUUUAAAUUUAUAUCAAGCACAAUUUGGUUUUGCUGAUAAUGCUGCUCUAUUACAAUUACAAAAACAAACAAAUUUUCCAUUAAAUUUAGAUGAUCGUUUAUCAUCUUUACCAUUAGAAAUUCAAAUAAGAUCACCAUCAUCUGAACCUAAUAAUAGUACAAUAAAUUUUUCAAAACGUUCAUCAAAUAAUACAGGAUCAAUAAAUGAUGAUUUUGAUUUUGCAACAAAUUAUACAAAUCCAACAGCAUUAUUAAGUGUUGAAAGCCAUUAUAGUAAUUCUGAAAAAUCACCAAAUCCAAAUAGUAUGCAAAAUGAUGAUGAUUUAAAAUUUUAUAAUAAUAAUAACAGUAAUAAUACAACCACCGUUAAUAUAAAUAAUAAUCAUCGUUAUCAUAAUUCUCGUUUUAAUUCAAUUGAAUAUAAUAAAAAAAAUCUUAUUACUAAUGAUACAGAAGAUUUAAGAAAAAUUGAUUAUAAAAAUAAUUCAACAAAAAUAUCACCAAAAAUGAAACGUUCAACAACACGUAAACGUAAAAAAACAGAUAUAUUAAAUGAAUUAUUAGAUAUAUUAAAAAAAUCAGAAAAUACUAACUGUGAUGAACAUGAUUAUUUCUUUCGUAGUUUAUUAAAUAGUGUACGUAGAAUUGAUGAAAAUUUAAUAAUACCAUUUCCUGAUGAUUAUGAUGAUGAAGAAGAUGUUGUUAUUAUUGAUACCGGAGAAUCAAAUUGGAGGCAAAAAUUAAAACGUUAUUAA